GGCGUGCCCCGCGCCCGCGCUGGCUGUCUCUGGCCACGUCCCCGGGCCACGUCGCUCGGUGCCCGCUGCGCGCUCGCCAUCUUCGCCGCCUCGGUCCCCGGUUCCUCUCCUCCUGCCGCAGCCGCCGCCGCUAUGAACAUCUUCCGCCUCACCGGGGACCUCUCCCACUUGGCGGCCAUCAUCAUCCUGCUGCUGAAGAUCUGGAAGACCCGCUCGUGCGCCGGUAUAUCUGGGAAAAGUCAGCUUCUGUUUGCACUGGUCUUCACUACUCGAUACCUGGACCUCUUCACUUCGUUCAUUUCACUUUAUAACACUUCUAUGAAGCUGAUCUACAUUGCUUGCGCAUACGCUACAGUCUACCUGAUCUACAUGAAAUUCAAGGCCACCUACGACGGGAAUCACGAUACCUUCAGAAUUGAGUUUCUUGUGGUCCCCGUCGGCGGGCUGUCCUUCCUGGUCAAUCAUGAUUUCUCUUCUCUGGAGAUCUUGUGGACUUUCUCCAUCUAUUUGGAGUCCGUGGCGAUUCUUCCCCAGCUUUUUAUGAUCAGUAAAACUGGGGAAGCGGAGACCAUUACUACUCACUAUCUCUUCUUCCUGGGCCUCUACCGUGCCUUGUACCUGAUGAACUGGAUUUGGCGUUACUAUUUUGAGGGGUUCUUUGACCUCAUAGCCGUGGUGGCUGGGGUGGUCCAGACCAUUCUGUACUGCGACUUCUUCUAUUUGUAUGUUACAAAAGUGCUCAAAGGGAAGAAGCUGAGUUUGCCAGCCUAAAGUGCCAAGGGUGCUCCAUCCUGGAUGCGUAGAGAGAACAAUCCCGACCAUUAAGAGGUUGAAGAUGCUUAAACAGAUGGCCUCCAGCCCUCUUCUUGCAGAGAGACCCCCGUGGGGGGAGGGGGGGGCCUCUGUAGGUCCAGAGAACCAAAUGACUUCUGUUGGAUGCAUCUUGCCUUUUUUUUCCUUCCCCCCCCCUCUUUUUUUAUUACUAUGUAUAAAGAUUUUUUACACGAGAGAAACUUAAUACCGUGUGGAUUUAAUUCAGCGUGUAGUUUCAAAUUGGAGUAGUUCCAAAAACAGUGAUUUUUUUGUUUUUUUGUUUGGGUGGGUAGGUUUGUGGGAUCCUUGGGGAUCCAGGAAUCAGCGCAAAACACUUCUUUUUCCCCCCCCAAAAAAAGAUUUCCUGUCAAUGGCUGAAUGAUUUUUGGCGCACACAGGCCUGGGGCUGAUAGACGGAUGGUAACUCCCUCCCUCUUUCCUCGUUCGAUUUCAAAUUUGUUUCCACUGUAUUUAUUUUCCUUUUGGUUCCUCCUCCUCCUCCAAACCUGGAGUGUUUUUUUGUGUGGCCUGAAACCCAAACAGCGUCGUCGGAAAACGCUCGUGGAAAAAGGGUGUCACGUUUUUUCCCCCAGAAAUAUACCUUCAACGGCUCAUUUUACUUUUUCUUCUCCAUAAAAAGAUGCUUCCAUAGGUAGCAUCUAUUCAUAAAUACUCCCCUUCUACUACUACUCUUCACCUCCCGAAGACCUGAAUUAAGACUGUUGGGUGCCAAUUCGUCAGGUUUGGGGGUUUUUUCCCCCGCCUCCUAAUUUAACGGUUUUGCAGCAGCGCAUUCCUGUUUGCAUGUGCCCCAGUCAGACUAAAAUUAUUCUGCAAUUUUUGAAGGGUGAGCGUGUGUGUAUUUCUAAACCCAUUUUCUAUUGACAGCAGCAGCGUUCACCCCACCCCUGCAGUCAUCGUGGGGUUGAAAUCAUCCAUAGGUGGCAAUUUUUAACGGUGUCUCCAUCUUUUUUAAUAACAAAGUCCUUUUACAAGUAAAACGUCUUUGUUUAAGCUUUUCCACCAAUUUUAGAACGUGCCAGUUUUUGGAUGAUCAGUUGUUCCUUUUAUAGACUUGGUUUCCUGAAUCGGCUGCACCAGAUCCUCUUCUCUAGCUUUCCUUCUUCUUUUUUUUUUUACUGAAUUCUGUUGCAUGAUUUAUCCUGUGUUACCAUCCUCAAUAAACAUUUUAUGAAGUGGUUCUCCAUUGUGGUCGUCUCCAACAAUGCUCCCGCACCCCCCUAUCCGGGGGUGCAAUCGCUCUCCAUGUCAACCUCCUUGGAAAAGUUCAGAUCAGGGCUGGGUUACAUCUUCAUUGUACGAUUAAAGGCAGCUUCCUUCUUCUAUCUGCAGAAUAGACAUAGCUUUGAAAUUGUAAAAACGUUGGCAGUAUUUUUAUUUUUUAAAUGACAAGAGCUGCAAAGAAAAUGUAUAGAAUGGAGCGAAGUGAUUUUUUUAAAGCUAGUUCUUUCAUAAAAUAGCCGGAGCAGAAAGUUUUUAUGAAAUGUAGAAGUCUUACAUAUUUUAUGUGAUCGUCUCUCUCACCAGUAGGGAAAGAAGAGAGCAAAUAAUUAUUAAUUACGGCCUUCAGAUCAUUGGCAUAAUGGGUUUCAAAUGAAGAUGCUGACAGCAUUGUCUUCUCCCAUCGCCCAAUCCUUUCAUAAACUGAAGGAAGCAAUGAUGAUGUGGGCGAAGAGAUAAAAGAACUGUGCAAAUAAAGUAGGAAAAAUAAGAAAAAAAUAUUUGAAUAGUUGACAUUGCAAAAAGGGUCACUCAUCCCCAGGAAGUCCUUGACUUGCAACCAUUCGUUUAGUAACCGUUUGCAGUUGCAACGGCACUAAAGGGACGUCGUUCAAUUGGUUCUUGCCGCUGAAACCGUUGCUACAUUUUUGUGGUCACGUGAUCAAAAUUUGGGCACCUGGCAACCGGCAUUUAUGAUGGCUGCCAACGUUCCAAGGUCACAUGAUCAACAUUUCUGACCCUCUCCCAAGCUGGUUUCCGACAAGCAAAGUCAAUGGAGGAAGCUGGGUUAGCUUAACUGGCAAAAAGGCCGUAAAAUCUGAUGCAACUCACCUAACCGCCUGCUCAGCAACAGGAAUUCUGGUCAUAAGUCAAGGACUACCUGGAGAAAGGAAGCCCCUCAGCUCAAGCCUUGCUUUUAUUUUGUGCAUGUAUAAUUUUCUGUUCCAAAUAUAUAUAUAUAUUUUUCUCACUCUUA